GGGCUCAAGUACAACCAAGCAACUUUCUGUUCUCACCCAUCUACAACAGGAACGCACAUCUCCUUUAAAAGCUAUGUACGGUGGGAUCUGCAUCUGCCUCCUCCUGGCUGUCCUGUCCACCAGCUCCUCAGGGCAGCAGCCUUCAGGGUCCCACAAUGCCAACCCAGGGAUCACCGACUUGGAGCAGACCCUGACGGAGAGCCUCCGGCAUGCCCGCACCGCAGCCUCUGGUGGUCCAUUGAAAGCACUCCCACAAAUGGAUGUCAAUGCUGACCCCAAGGGCAACUUUGGAGCUGCAUUGGCCAAAUACUUUCGGCACGCCCAAAGAGGUUCUCCUGUAAAAAUCUCCCCAAUGGGAUUACAGAGUUUUGACCCUACACACAGGAUAAAAGACAGAGACUACAUGGGCUGGAUGGAUUUUGGACGCCGCAGUGCUGAAGAAUACGAAUACUCUUCUUAAAGAGCAUCAAAUGAUCCUUAAGAGAAAUGAAAAUUGUCCCAUUUCUGUACAGAAAAAAAAAAUUGUCAUCCUUUUCAAAUCAGUGUUUUAAAAACAUAUGUACUUGAUGUAAAUUUGUCUGUAAAACUAUACAAUGCAAUAUAUAUUAUAUAAACAUAUGCAGAAUUUUCAAGGGAAAAAUGAUCACUUAACAUUUCUUACCACUCACCUUUGACAUAUUACUAUUAUUUCACUCAUCCCUUGUGGUAUCUUCACAAGCAAUGUUACUGGGACGUCCUUCAUAUUUGUUAUCUGAACAAUGAUUUGUUAAUCUGAACAACUUCCAAAGGAGUGUGUAUAUUUUUUUAAUCGUUAAGAGCAUUUGGAGGCAACCUGUCCAGGUAUGACUAUGGUUAGGGCAAUUAUCCUACAAAGAGCCUUUUCUUGGUCGUGGGGAGCAAUUUGAAAUGGAAGGCAAUCAAGUUUCUAGCGAAUAAUUAUAAAUGCUGCACCGGCAACUAAAAAUGUCACCUUUUGUUUUAGUUGUUUUCUUUUCUUAUUGAAAUGUGAAAAUUCUGCUAAACUGAUCAGUCCUGGAAUAAACAGA